UAUUGUUUGCUUCUUUUUGGCUCUUUAUCUUCAUGCUUUAUGCCAUGUUCUAUUGGAGCUUGCAUUCUUGUGCUAGUCAACCGGAACUUCAUUUGUUAGGAGACUAUUGGAUUAGGGGCUGUUUCAUCAUUAACCGGCUUGGAUGCUAUUGGAGUAAGGGUCUUGUUAUAAGCCACUUGGAGGGUCGGAGUCCUUAGUUAACUAGAACCAUCUAUGAUAGUGAGAGAACAUGGGGCGUGCUUCACCACUCGUUCUGGUUACGUUAGUACUUGGAUUUUGCUUUGCAGGAUAUAAUCUGGUAACAAUGGUAAUGCACAACAGAGCUAUUUCAAGAUGGGUAGAGGACGACUCCAACGGUGGGGUAUUUUUUGAUCCUGUCAUUAGGAUGCCUGAAAAUAUGAGGAAACCAAAGACUGUCAAAGCACCUUUCCAUGUUGCGUUAACGGCUACUGAUGCGCCAUACAGUAAAUGGCAGUGUCGCAUUAUGUACUAUUGGUAUAAGAAGCAGAAGGACUUGCCUGGUUCAGAGAUGGGAGGUUUCACGCGUAUUUUACACUCUGGAAGUCCCGACAACUUAAUGGAUGAGAUUCCUACUGUUGUAGUUGAUCCUCUUCCAGAAGGGUUGGAUCGAGGAUACAUUGUCUUAAAUAGACCGUGGGCGUUUGUGCAGUGGCUGGAAAAGGCCACAAUCGGCGAAGAUUAUAUAUUGAUGGCAGAACCUGAUCACAUAUUUAUCAGUCCCCUGCCUAAUCUCGGAAGUGGAGGGUUCCCAGCUGCAUAUCCCUUUUUCUACAUUAAGCCGGCUGAAAAUGAAAAACUGUUGAGGAAGUUUUUUCCCGAGGAGAUGGGACCUGUAACAAAUAUUGAUCCAAUCGGCAAUUCACCUGUCAUCAUCAAGAAGGAUUUACUGGAAAAGAUUGCUCCUACUUGGAUGAAUGUUUCUUUGAAAAUGAAGGAUGACCCUGAGACUGAUAAAGCUUUCGGAUGGGUUCUAGAAAUGUAUGCUUAUGCUGUGGCAUCUGCUUUGAAUGGCGUGCAGCAUAUACUUCGGAUGGACUUUAUGCUGCAGCCGCCAUGGGAUUUCGAAAUAGGGAAAAAAUUCAUAAUUCAUUACACCUAUGGAUGCGACUACAACAUGAAGGGCGAGUUAACGUAUGGUAAAAUAGGCGAAUGGCGAUUUGACAAGAGAUCGUUUUUACAUGGACCACCUCCGCGAAAUCUUUCCUUGGCUCCUCCAGGGGUCCCAGAAAGUGUGGUGAGCCUUGUGAAAAUGGUGAAUGAAGCAACUGCAAACAUUCCCAAUUGGGACGCUUCAUAAAUGUCAAGUGGGGAAAUACACAGCCUUAGCAUAU